AUGAUGCAGAUUGUAACAUCGGGCCUAAAAUUCCUACCCAAUGAGUUGUUGGACUGCGUUUCAACCCUACUCGAUCGCCCAAGCCUCUACGCCCUGUCUCUGGUGUGCAAAAAGACGGCUACUUCAGCGAAUGUGGCGUUGUACAACGAAUACGCCAACAAUGACCCGCCAUCUGAAACUCCUUUCCAUCUGUUCCUACGUACCAUGUGCGAGGUACCCCAUCUCGCUUCGCUCGUGAAGCGAGUCCAUGUUCGCGGUUGGCGCUCAGAAUUUGAGGUCGGAACCGGCGCUGCAUGGAGAGGUGUCACUACCUUCCCGGACGUACCAAAGAACGUGACGCCGCGGGGCAAGCCUUCGUUCUCAUCCGUUGACAGAGCUCCUAAAGUUGCCUCAAACCAGUUCGAAGUCUUUCUUGAGACGGCCAUACGAUCUGGCCUGAUCGAACGACCGGCUUUGACUACCCCCACAGUGGAUCCUCUCAAACCCAGGCUACGAUGGGAUAAGGUUCUAAACAAGGAUGAGGAUUUCGCGCGUCUACUCAAACGCGAUGUUGAGGAUGCACACUUCGUCCUAUUGUGCGCCCUCCUACCCAAACUGGGCCGCCUCACCGUCGGUGGGCUGUCACUUUGUCCAAUGUUGGAUUGGUACACCUUCCUCUAUAGCUCCGAAGGUGCACUGCAGAAUGUAGGCAGGCUUGCUAUCUGUGGCUCCCUUCCGUGGCCAGGAGAGCCCGUACUGAAGACAACUAUGCAGGUACUGGAUAUCCUCCCCAACCUGCAGCUGCUCUACCUUGGGAACAUGAGCGUAUAA